AUAUAAUAUAAAAAUAUUUACUUUAUUGAAUGUUUCAAUAAUAAUUAAAAUAAAGUGAAUAUAUUUUCAUAUUUUGGCAAUGACGGUGGGUAAUUCAAUGGCUCAUGGUAACGCUCAUGGCACCGUAAAUCGAACGCGUUGUUUUUUUGAUAUAUCACUUGGUGGUAGCUUGCAAAUAGGCCGUAUAGUGUUUGAACUGUUUAACGAUGUAGCACCAAAAACAGCAGAGAAUUUUCGGGCUCUUUGUACCGGCGAGAAAGGCAGCGGCCAAGCAACGGGAAAACCUUUAUACUAUAAAAAUGUCAUAUUUCACCGUGUUGUUAAGGAUUUUAUGAUACAAUCGGGUGAUUUUUCAGCUGGCAAUGGCACUGGCGGCGAAUCAAUUUAUGGUGGGACAUUUGAGGAUGAAAGCUUUGAAAUAAAGCAUGAUCGUCCAUUCCUACUUUCGAUGGCCAAUCGUGGUAAAAACACGAAUGGCUCACAAUUCUUUAUUACUACACAGCCUGCACCACAUUUGGACAAUGUCCAUGUUGUCUUUGGUCAAGUUAUAACGGGACAAGCUAUUGUACGACAAUUGGAAAGUUUGCCAGUCGAUCGUAAUUCGCGUCCUUUACAAGACGCAAUUAUUCAUAAUUGCGGUGAAUUGGUACGUCAGGUUAAAGCUAAAAAAGACAAAAAGAAAAAGAAACGAGCAACUGCUUCUUCGGGCGAAAAUGACGGUAGCGAUUCGGAAGCAGCAAAACGUUCCAAACGCAAGGAUAAAAAGAAGAAAAAGAAACGCUCGAAAUCGAGCGAAAAAGAAAAGUCCAUUUCCGGACACGAAGGAAUAGAAGAAGGUGAAGCCUCGGAGGUGGAAGAAGGUGAAUUACAUCCCUUGGUGUCGAUAACUAAAAUUGAUCCUGAUGAAAUUCCUGAGGUUUCUAAUAAAUUCCUUAUGCGCGGUGAUCGGGUAAAUCGGUCACGGGAAAAAGACGAACGCCAUAGACUUGAAAAAAACGAAAGCCGCAAUACAUUUGGUUGGUCCAAAAAGAAGGUACCGACUUCACGUAGCGGACGUAUCAUUAAAGGACGUGGCGUAUUUCGUUUUCGCACACCUUCACGGUCUCGUUCACGCAGUAAUACGCCUCCACAUUGGAAGAGAGCUCAAAGCCGUACAAUAAAAAUGUCCGAUUUGGAGAGAAUUGAAGAAGAAAAGAAACUAAGAGAGGAAGAGAUUAAACGCCGCGAAAUUGAACGUAAAAGACGACACGAAGAAAUGGCGAGAGAUUCGAAGAAACCAUUUUUUGAAGCAUCGCAGAACUACAAAGAUGAGCAACAAUUAAUAGUCUCCGGUAGAGAUAAUAAGAAACGCCGUGACGAAGAAAGUGCAAACUCUAAGGAGAAAGAUUAUAGUAAGGAAUACGAACGCGAAAAGGAGCGUGAUAGAGAAAAGGAAAAGGAGAAGGAAAGGGAAAAGGAAAAGGAAAAAGAGCGAGAAAAGGAAAAGGAAAAAGAGCGAGAAAAGCAAAAGGAAAAAGAUCGCGAGAAGGAUAAGGAACGCGAGAAAGAGAAAGAACGUGAGAAAGAUAAAGAACGCGAAAAAGAUAAGCGCAAGCAAAAUGACAGUAAGCACGCCAAGUCUGAAAGCAAAGUUGAGAAAAACGAUCGCAAGAAAACCGUGAACGAUGAAAAGAAAAAGUCUUCGCCCAUACGUCAAAAGUCAGUGGAUUUAAAUGCUUUGGACUACGAGCAUCAGCCAGAAAGUGAAAACGAAGCUGAUGCUUUAGCUGAAAUGGAAAAAAUGAAAAAUAUUCGUACCAUCUCGUCUGUUAGAGAACAUAAGAAAUCUUCACCCGUACGCAAAGAACACAGUUCAGAAAAUCAAAAUCCACGUGAAAAAAUUAAUAAAACCGACAGCAAGGACUUAAAAGUUUCGAGCAAAAGAGACAAGCCGAAACGAUCGCGGUCACGUUCUCGAACACGGUCCAAAUCUCAAUCACUUUCUGUUAGCCGUUCACGGUCGCGAUCACAUUCUGCUCGUCGCCGACGUUCGAAUGCACGACGCCAAGUUUUUCGUUCUCCUUUACGACGCAAUAAUUUCCGCGGUCGUAGAGGUAAUCCAUUUGGAGAUCGACGUCGUCGAUCACGUUCGAUGGACCGAUAUCGGAAUCGUUUCCCGCUUUCGCCUAUACGCCGCAGAUCUUCAAUGGACCGUAGACGUUCACGUGACAGACGCGAUCGCACUCGCAGUAGAUCUCGUUCUUUGAGUCGUUCAAUGAGGCACAAUCGAGGACGGGAUCGGGGCCGUAACGACUUGCGUCGCAGUCGUGACCGUCGCUCUAAAUCUCGAUCACGUACACCAUCCCGCCAGCGUCCUCGUAAACGCUCAUUAUCUCAUGCCUCUAAACGUUCUCGUUCACGUGAUCAACCGCCCCGUCAGUCCAAUGACCGUCAUUCACCAAAAAAACCUUCGGAAUCCAUUACUAAACCAAGCACUUCAACUUCAUCGCAUCCGACAACGUCAUCAUCAGCAAAUUCGCACGAUAACGACAAAGAGAAAAUUACACGUGAAAAACAACAAAAACGUGCUGAAGCUGUGCUUAUGUUUAAGGAUCACAUGCGUAAAGAAAUCGCUAAAGAAGAAGAAAAACGUGCGGAGAAACAGCGUUUAGAAGAUUUGGAAAAAGAGAAAACUGCUCGUGAACUUGAAGAGUUAGAACGUCUUAAGCAAGAAACUCUCGCAAAACUUGAAGAACAUGAAAAACUAAAAAAAUUAACAGUUAUCGCAGCGGUUGCAGCCGCUGUAGGUAAUUCAAAUGGCGAUAAAGAGGAAAAAUCGCGUGAAAAAAAGAAGAAGCGUAAGAAAUCCAAAAAAUCAAAACUCGAUAGUCUAUCUUUUUUUACGCGUUCACCGGCCACAAAUUCUGAUUAAAAAAGCGAAUGAUCCGGUGUUUGCGGUGCCAUUCUUUUAUAUAUUUCUUUCCCAUAGUUCUCAUUGCUUUGGAUUCAUUUAAAUCUUGUAUUUUGGCAAAUGGGUUUUUUUGAAUUUUAUAAAUUGUAUUCUACUCCUUGGAAACCAAGCUCUCGUCAUCUUUUAUGAAUAAAAAGAUAAAUC